AUGGGUUCUUGCCCAAGCGGCCCUUGGGCUGCCUCCAACGCAUUAUCAACUCAGGAAUUCGCCGGCCGCAUCAUCGUGGCUAGUGGAGACCCCGCCCGCUUGAAAACACUGGGUUUCGAGCUUUUAGCCCGAAACCCAGAGAUUAACACGAUCAAAGGUAAAUCUCUUGAUUCUGCCCGUAUCAACGGCGCCUCUGUUAGCGGGAUCAAGGAAUGGUUCCAAUUGCUCAAGCUGCCGGCUAUACAGGCAAUCCCACCGGAAUCACGCUUCAAUAUGGACGAAACAGGCAUCCUCGAGGGCCUUGGCUGCAACGGGCUAGUGCUAGGGAGCUCAGAGAAGAAGGAGGCUAUCAAGAAGCGGCUUGGAUCGCGUUGUUGGACUACAAUCGUCGAAUGCGUCUCUGCAACGGGCCAGGCCUUGACCCCCCUUGUGAUCUUCAAGGGCCAGGACCUCCAACAGCAAUGGUUCCCUGACGAACUCGAUUUUCUAAAGGAUUGGGACUUCGUCACUUCCCCAAAGGGCUGGACAAGCGAUUCUAUCGCCAUUCAAUGGCUCAAGCAGGUGUUUAUCCCCCAAACAAGGCGCCACCCACAGGGGAACGUUCUCCUUAUCGUUGAUGGCCACGGGAGCCAUUAG